CUCACAUUGACAACACCCUGCCAAGGAGUAUGCAAUUAGCAGCAUUGCCGAGUCGUGGCUCAAGCAAGAGAGAAUCCCAUUGGUCACUGUUACCCGUAAUUACAAGGAUGAUACUAUCUCUUUCACUCAGGAACCCUUCGUAAACAGCCUGGAAACCCGUCUAGGCAUGUCAAAGGUGGUCAAAAAGCAGUCAGCUCCUGAUGAGUUCUGGUGGAUCCCGAUUGUGAUGGUCAUCCAGCCGAAUGAUUUCUAUUUCAAUUGGACGACUGUGAUGCCAUCUCUGUGGCUGAAACCGAACCACAAUUCCACCUCACAUCAACUCGACAAGAAGCAGGACGUCAAGGAGAAGUACAUUGUUGUCAACCCGGCAAAUGUUGGUCUGUUCCUAGUGAACUACGAUUUGGACAACUGGAAACUGCUGACUGCGCGCAUCGACGAGAUGCCGGAGACAGUGCGAGCUCAGCUGUUGCACGACGCGAUCAGCCUCGCUUUGGCCGGCAAGCUGGACAUGAUCACCAUGCUGAAUGUGACCACUUUCCUGAAGCGGGAGCAGGCACCUUUGGUCUGGAAGACAUUCUUCCCUCUGGGUGAUAGACUCAGGAAGAUGCUCGUCGGCACAAGUGCACAGAAGAUGUUCGAGAGGUACCUGCAGGCGAUAAUCGUGCCGCCCCUGGACGCAGUCGGCGAGGAAGCCGAUCAGCAGUCGCCCUGGAAGUCUGACUUCCGCGUCAAGGUGCGCCAUCUCCUCUGCACCACCCACUUCCCCAUGUGCAUCGAAGUUGCGCGCCAUUACUACCAGACCUGGAUGAACCUCACCAACCCCGAUGACGGCAUGCCGUGA